UUCUCACUGCUGAAAAGCCCAGGAGUGGGGCAGUGCUGUUGUGCUGUGGGGAUGAGACUGGAGCUCAAGAUCUGUGUGAGGGAGGCACAAUGGAGAGCAGAACUGGGGCUCCCAGGAAGAGGAUGCUGCCUAGUGCUGGGGUUCAUGUACAAGGAGAAGUACCGCAGGAUGACUGAAGGUCAAGCAUCCUCCUUCACGCAGCAGCCCCAGGACCAGGUGGUGAUCGCUGGGCAGCCCGUGACGCUGCUGUGUGCCAUCCCCGAGUACAAUGGCAUUGUGCUGUGGAUCAAGGACGGGCUCGCCCUCGGCGUCGGACGGGAUCUCUCCAGCUACCCGCGCUACCUGGUUGUAGGAGACCAUCUGUCUGGAGAGCAUCACUUGAAAAUCCUUAGGGCUGACCUCCAGGAUGACGCCGUCUAUGAGUGUCAAGCCAUCCAAGCAGCGAUCCGAUCCCGACCGGCCCGGCUGACCGUCCUUGUUCCUCCGGAUGACCCCAUCAUUAUGGGGGGACCCAUCAUCAGCCUGAGAGCAGGGGACCCCCUCAACCUGACCUGCCACGCAGACAACGCCAAGCCGGCAGCCUCCAUCAUCUGGAUGCGGAAAGGAGAGGUUGUCAACGGGGCCACCUACUCCAAGACCCUUCUCCGUGACGGCAAGAGGGAGAGCAUCAUGAGCACCCUUUUCAUCGCCCCCUCUGACAUUGAGAAUGGGGAGAGCAUCGUCUGCCGUGCCACCAACAAAGCCAUCCCCAGCGGGAAGGAGACCUCAGUCACUAUUGACAUCCAGCACCCUCCCCUGGUGAACCUGUCUGUGGAGCCUCAGCCGGUGCUGGAGGACAACACCGUCAAGUUCCACUGCUCCGCCAAGGCCAACCCCGCUGUCACACAGUACAGGUGGGCGAAGAAAGGCCAGGUGAUAAAGGAAGCAUCCGGUGACUUCUAUGAAACCAUCGUGGAUCACACCUUCUUCUUCGAGCCCGUCUCCUGCGAGGUCACCAACGCGCUGGGCAGCACCAACAUCAGCAGGACCGUGGAUGUCUACUUUGGGCCCCGGAUGGCAACAGAACCACAGUCCCUGCUCGUUGACCUGGGCUCCGAUGCCGUCUUCAACUGCGCCUGGACUGGGAACCCCUCCCUCACCAUCGUCUGGAUGAAGCGGGGCUCAGGCGUGGUCCUGAGCAAUGAGAACAAGCUGACGCUCAAGUCCGUCCGCCAGGAAGAUGCUGGGAAAUACGUGUGCCGUGCUGUGGUGCCGCGGGUGGGCGCGGGGGAGCGCGAGGUGACACUCACUGUCAACGGGCCACCCAUCAUCUCCAGCACGCAGACCCAGCACGCCCUGCACGGCCAGAAGGGGCAGAUCAAGUGCUUCAUCCGCAGCACCCCUCCGCCCGACCGCAUUGCUUGGUCCUGGAAGGAGAAUGUCCUGGAGUCUGGGACCUCGGGGCGCUACACAGUGGAGACGGUCAGCACGGACGAGGGGGUCAUCUCCACACUGACCAUCAGCAACAUCGUCCGCGCUGAUUUCCAAACCAUUUACAACUGCACCGCGUGGAACAGCUUCGGCUCCGACACGGAGAUCAUCCGGCUCAAGGAGCAAGGUACGGAAAUGAAAUCAGGAGCUGGUAUGCAAGCAGAGUCGGUGCCGAUGGCGGUGAUCAUCGGGGUGGCCGUGGGGGCCGGCGUGGCAUUCCUGGUGCUGAUGGCCACCAUCGUCGCCUUCUGCUGCGCCCGCUCCCAGCGAAAUCUGAAAGGAGUGGUUUCUGCCAAGAAUGACAUCCGCGUGGAGAUCGUGCACAAGGAGCCGUCCUCGGGCAGGGAGACGGAGGAGCACCCCACCAUCAAGCAGCUGAUGAUGGACCGGGGUGAGUUCCAGCAGGACUCGGUGCUGAAGCAGCUCGAGGUGCUCAAGGAGGAGGAGAAGGAGUUCCAAAACCUAAAGGACCCCACCAACGGCUACUACAGCGUCAACACCUUCAAGGAGCACCACUCCACGCCCACCAUCUCACUGUCGGGCUGCCCUGCGGACCUGCGGCCGGCCGGCAAGCAGCGCGUGCCCACGGGCAUGUCCUUCACCAACAUCUACAGCACGCUGAGCGGGCAGAGCCGCCUCUACGACUACAGCCAGCGCUUCGUGCUGGGCAUGGGCAGCAGCUCCAUCGAGCUGUGCGAGCGGGAGUUCCAGCGCGGCUCCAUGAGCGACAGCAGCUCCUUCCUCGACACGCAGUGUGACAGCAGCAUCAGCAGCAGCGGCAAGCAGGACGGCUACGUGCAGUUUGACAAGGCCAGCAAAGCCUCCGCCUCGUCCUCCCACCAUUCCCAGUCUUCGUCCCAAAAUUCGGACCCCAGCCGGCCCCUGCAGAGGCGGAUGCAGACGCACGUUUGAACCGCGGGGGACGAUGCGGUCCCCGUGGGGCUGUGGACCCUCCGCUGGGACAGCGGUGCUGGAAUCAGGACCCCAGGAGUGGGGCGAUGGGGCUGAGCACAACCCGCUGAGGACACAGGGCUUGGGGACGCCGCCACCCCCAUGCCCACCCCACUGCUCCACUUGCCCCCACCCAGCCCCCUUCCUUCCUUCUUGGUGUUCAGUGUCCAUAAUUAUAGAGUCCGUUUUGGGGGGUCCCAUCGUGUGGGAUUUGGGGUGGGGGGAACACGCCAGCAGGGAUGGGGACCCCCCCGAGUGCCCCGGGAAGGGCCUCACCACGCUGUAUGGCGGGCAAUACAAGAGGUGUUUCUCGUGGCAUGCCUGGGCUGAUGGCCUCGCGCCAUGAGGACUGCAAUGGCAGUGUCUUUUGGGUGGCCCC